UUACAUGUUCUAAAUGACAAGUAAAGAAGUAUAGAGAAAUGGGGAAAAAAACCAAGAGUUUGAUGUAGACAAGAGACAAGACUGGAUAAUGUUAAAUAAUUUGCAAAAGAAAAUUACCUUUCCAGUUUCCACAUUAGCCUCCAUCCCGGUCCCUUAUAAACACAAUAUAUAUAUAUAUUUUAAUAUGCAUAACACGGUGGCAUUUUCUUUAGGCUAUCUAACUUUUGCCUAACAUACAGCAUAAACUCUCACACAUUCAAUUAAAUUUAGCAAACCUUACUUUACCAAAGAUAUAUAGUAUAGGAGAAAUUCUAAGGUGCAAAUCAUCAUACAUCAUCAUAUCAUAACGUGACAAAAAUCCCACACUAUAAAAUCCAUUCAACCACCCUUUAUUCCCACAACCUUAAUUAAUUCUCUUUCAAUCCAAGGACAAAUCCUUUCAAUUUCCAUUCUCUUCCAAAUUUCAUCACAUACCCCAUACAGAAAAUAAGAACAAAAGAAAAUAAAAAAAACUCAUUAGAAGAACAACACAACUACACAAGAAACAGUUGUAAGAAUGAAUUCGAUCUGCAUAUCUAACUGUAUCAAUGACACACGUGAUUCUCGCAUUCGCGCCAACUAUACGAACCUGUAUAAGUGGCCGGAAUCAGACGUAGAGUUUGUUAGGUCGUUGAGCCACGAGGGUAGGAGGAGAUGCCACGUGUAUGGUCAGGAUCACCCGAAGGUGGUGGAUAGCAUCUCAUGUAGGCAGAUGUACCUUAGGAGCUACCAGUUUUCAAGGAAGGAGAGUGUCCCUCAAAAGACAAAAAGGUGUUUUAGGAGGGUGAAGGAGAGAGUAACACGUGGCAACCAUGGUGGUUGGAGGAACAACUGCAGAAAGAGGAUUAUUGGUAGACACCAUGGUAGGAGGAACAAGUGUCUGGUUUGGAGGAGACUGAAGCAAAUUUCGUGUGCUGCUUUGUUUAGGAUAUUCAAGAAGUUAUUGUCUUCUGCUGCAAGUGUAGAUGUUGUGAAGGGGGGAGAUUGAUUACUUUCUUUUUUCCUAAUAUUUUUUUUUAUUAAUUUAAGGUUUUGGUUUCCAAUUUGAUCUUUUUAAAAUUUUUAUUUAUUUAUUUAUUCUUUUAACUUUCUGGUGCAAUUUUCUUUGGCUAAUCUAUUUUUUGUGGGUUCGGUUUGCUGACCAUGUGAAUGUGAAUGUGAAUGUGAGGAUAUUUAAAUGGAAAUUCAUUUUUACACUUGACAAGUGUUUCA